CUCUCUCUCUCUUUCUCUCCAUGGGCAGCAAGUCCAAGCGAAGCCUCCACAUCGCGAUGUUCCCGUGGCUCGCUCACGGCCACAUCACUCCCUUCCUCGAGCUCUCCAAGUUCCUCUCCCUCUAUGGCCACGCCGUCUCCUUCCUCUCCACCCCUAAUAACAUCGCUCGCCUCACCCGCGCCCACCCCGAACUCCCUCCCUCCAUCCGCCUCGUCUCCCUCCCCAUGCCGCUGGUCCCCAACCUCCCGAGCUCGGCCGAGUCCACCUCCGACCUGGACAUCGACUCGGUCCCCUACCUAAAGAAGGCCUACGACCUGCUCGAGCCGGCACUGACCCGCUUCCUCUCGGGCAGCCACGUUGACUGCGUGAUCCACGACUUCGCUAGCCACUGGCUCCCGCGAGCCGCGGCACAGCUCGGGGUCAGCUCGGUGUUCUUCAGCACCCUUAACGCUACCGCGCUCGCAUUUCUCGGCCCACCGUCGGAGCUCAUCGGCGGCCGGUACAAUAAGCCGGAGGAUGCGACCAGCGUACCCGAGUGGAUACCGUACGAAUCCACGGCUUGCUUCAGGCUCCAUGAGAUAAUGAGGCACCAGCGGUGCAUGGACGAGGAGGUCUCCGAUUUCUUCAGGUUCGGCCACACUAUCGACAGCUGCGAUUUCGUGAUCGUGAGGAGUUGCCGCGAGUUCGAAUCGGAUCCAUUGAGCUUGUUGCUGGAGAUUUACAAGAAGCCGGUGAUUCCGAUCGGGCUGUUGACGCCAGCUAUUCGAGUGGACAAAGGAGAUGACGAUGAGAAAUGGAAAACCCUAAAAAUUUGGCUCGACGCUAAGCGCGGGAAUUCGGUGCUUUAUAUCGCGCUCGGAACCGAAGUGAUUUUGAGCCACGAACUGACGAACGAGUUGGCGGCCGGAAUUGAGAAGUCCGGACUACCUUUUGUUUGGGUGGUUAGGAACGGCUCCGUCCCGGCCGGGUUCGAGGAGCGAGUCUCGGGCCGGGGAUUCGUCUGGGCUGGCUGGGCCCCGCAGAUGCGUAUCUUGGCCCAUGAGGCGAUCGGCGGGUUCCUGACGCACUGUGGCUGGAACUCGACCAUCGAGGCGUUAAGCCGCGGGCAGCCGCUGGUGCUGUUCUCCGGGGGGAGCUCGGACCAGGGCCUGAUGGCCCGGUUCCCGCAGGAAAAGCGGGUCGGAUUCGAAGUGCCUAGGGACGAGGUGGACGGGUCAUUCACAGGGGACGUGGUGGCCGAGUCGAUCCGGCGGGUCGUGGUGGAGCCUGAGGGGGAGCCGAUAAGGGCGAAUGCAUGGGCCAUGAAGGAGGUGUUCGGCGACAUGGAGUUACAAAAUAAGUACCUGGAGGAAUUUGCAGGGAUCUUAGAGAAAGGUGUCACUAAGGAGCUGAAGAUGGCGAACUAAAUCUGCAAGACUAGCAAUGCCUAAGUAUAUCAAGUAAUGUGAUGUGAUUGAUUUUUAUCGGGGUAUUGAAUACGAUCAUUUAAGAUU